UUUAAGUUGAAUUAAGUUCAGCCUCGUUCGCGGGAGUGAGACCCAAAUCUGUCAUCCCGGAGUGACGAAUUAAAUUUCUUUAUAAAGGGAGUGAGGUUAAGAGAACUAGCACCUAAUAUCUUUCACCUGCUUUUUCGAGUAUUCAAUAACCUUGGACUUUGUUUUCCUUUUGUUGUGAUGCAAAAUCCCGAAAUGAGGCGGUGAUAUCUUCUUUGAAUAUUCUAUCCCAUUGCGACGUAGGUUUGAAGGCUGCAAAAUAGAAGAAAGUAUUCGAGAUGUUCGACGGCUUAUUUAUGCUGCUCAUUUUGAGCGUGAUUAUGUGUUUGAGGUAAUCUUCUGGCUUAAAAGUUAUAAUCAAUAUGCUAAUAGGGUCUCUAGUUGUUUUCUUGCGGGAGCAGUGCCAUUGUCUAUGACCUUAUCACCAUCGCAGCUUCGAUUAAUAUCUACAAUUGGUAUGGGGGUACUUGUCGGUACUUCAUUGGUUGUUAUUAUACCUGAAGGAAUUGAAGCAGUAUAUACCGCAGGUUAUUCGGCACAUAGUCAUGGGCCCAGAAGUGUAUCAACUCAAGAGAGAAACUCCGGACUUUCAUGGGUUGGCGGACUCAAUACGAUCGCAUACACGAACGAAGCGAAGAUCAAUCGACGACAUGCCAAACUGGGCGCCAGGAAUUCACAGCCUUUAGAAGUUGCGAUUGUUACCAGAGAGACUUUGCCAGAGGAAAAAGAGGAUAACUCCCCAGAGAAGUUGGAGGAGAAACCGGGGAGCCAAAGCGAAGAACAUCGGGAUGAGGUCGAAUCACCUACAUUUUGGAUUGGUCUAUCCCUUAUCUUGGGAUUUAUUCUCAUGUUCUUAAUUGACAAACUCCCGAGACACGCCUCUGAGAAAUUACAAGCCCCAGUUGCGCCGAGACAAAUUUCCCUCAACAAUUUAUCUCAGAACAUUUCCUCAUCUGAUGAAGAAUCAGAUGGGUUUUUUCAAUCCCUCACACCAAGCCCAAAGCAAAGUCGUAGUCUGGCUACAACGACAGGGCUUGUGAUACAUGCAUCAGCAGAUGGGAUAGCCAUGGGAGCCUCCGCAUCUACAUCCAACACGAAGUUAGGAUUUAUCAUUUUCAUAGCGAUCAUGGUACACAAAGCACCCGCAGCAUUCGGGCUUACUUCCGUCCUACUGAAGCAAGGACUUUCCAAACGAGCAGCACGUGGUCACCUUGUAGUUUUCAGUCUCGCAGCACCAUUUGGUGCUAUUACCACUUUCCUAUUGGUAAAUAUCCUAGGUGGAGGAAAUAUAGAAGGAGUAAGAGGGCAAUGGUGGACUGGAAUGUUAUUGUUAUUCUCCGGUGGAACCUUUUUGUAGGAUCCUCUCUCUAUUUCUGUUCGAAACAAACCUACCGAGCGUUUACUAACAAGUGAAUAGAUACGUCGCAAUGCAUGCCAUGCAAGAAGAUUCAGGGGUGCAUACUCAUGAACAUACAAAUUCUAAUGGAUACCUCGAGGGGGGUCUUUCACAGCGCAAACAAGCGAAGCCGCAAAUGCGGGAUACGCUGGCGGCAGUUGGGGGAAUGUUAAUUCCUCUAUUGACACAGUUUGGCCAUGAUCAUUGAGUGAAUGAUUGAAUGAAGGAAGUUUUGUAAUAUAUAAAUGAGGCGAGAUGACGAAAUGAAAUGGAAAACUCGACUAAGGCCAUUCUAACACAAGAAAGCAGAGGUCGAACACAUAGAUAGAUAUUCUUGUAUGAAAUGGAUAUGGAUUGGAGAGGGCGAGAAAAUACAAUACCAAUCAUAAGAUCUUGUUACUAUGUUUUACAUCUUAACAUGUAAACCCAAUUCAUGCGAUUGAGUUAAGAGGGGAAAUAAAGGCACAAUUCGCAUGGUUCGCUUCCACACAAC